GCUUCGAAAGGGUGUCCACGAUGCUGACUGGAGAGAUAUAUGGAUAAAUAAAACGAAAAGACGUCUUCACUGAACAUAACACGUUAGCAAUGGGUUCCGGUAACACAAAACCAAAAUCACGAGUGAGGGGAGGUGAAAAGAAGAAGAAGGAGGUAGCAGAGCUACAGGUGAUAAUAAAACAACUUGGCUUCUGGACUGAACUCGAAAUUCUCUACUACCAAAUAUGUGACCGAGUGGAGGAGAUGGAACAUGGUUGGCCGGUCGUGGAAGGUUUGAAAAAGGCCUUUCAGGCAUUUGAGAAACAGAUCCAGGCUAAGGGAUGGAAAAAGAAGUUUGUAUCAUCAACCUCCUAUCAUCGCUACCAACGACUGAAAAAUGACCUAAUACAAGCUGGUACUAAGAAAAACUCGAAUAUCAAAAAGCCUACUAUCCCGAAAAAUAUGUUGAAUAAACGAGCCAAUAACGACGACAUUCAAGAUUACAGUGUGGUGGUGGAACAACAGUUGACGCAGGCGCAGGCGGAGGUAAAAGCCCUCAAAAAGCAACUGGACAGACAAUCCAACACCACACAGAUAAAAGAAGUGUCUGUCAAUAAACUUCAGGGAGAACUGGUUGAAUUCCACACCGCUAGACUAGAGGUGGAUCGGUGGAUUGAUAAGCUCAUAGACAAGAACAACACCAUUCUCAAAGUCCAUACAUACAUGAAGCCAGCUAAUGAUGUUCAAAUGGAUGACGUCAUGGAGGAGGUCAUGGAAGAGGUCAAUCCUCUACCUUCUGUUCAUCUACAGCGUAAACAUGAUUCUAAAGACAUUCUAGAAAGCACACACCGAUGGAUGGAGUUCUUUACAACAAUUUUACCGGAAUACUACGAGAUGAAAACUCUACAAAGCAGAUAUACAAAAGUUAAGGACUCUGUAUUAAUGUUUGGUCCUGUUCCAUCGCUUACUGAAAGAACGGAGUAUCAGAUGGAGGAGACACCCCGGGGAAAGGGGAUGAAACGAAAGAAAGUUGUGGUGGUACCUGAGGAAGACGAGGGGGACGGGCUGGUUCGUUUACUUGAAGAAACACAGGAACGACUACAGGAACAGGAGAAUGCGAUAUUCUCUUUACAGGAGGAUAAUGAGUUUCUUCGUAAGAAGUUGCGGACAGGAGGUUACACCCAGCGUGAGGGUGAUGAUGAUACUGGAGCCGGACCGAGUGUCCCUAGAAUUAUUCCUCCGCCUACCUUUUCAAAACAGGAGGAGGAAGAUCGCAAAGCAAUAAUGAAGAGAAACCCUCGCAACGCCGAAUAUCUGGACGCUCUAAUGACUCAAAUCAAGCAUCAGAAGUUGGUAACUCGACGUAUAGAUCGCCUGAAAAUGAACGUAGUGAAAGUGAAACUCCAUGGCGGUUAUGACGAGAAUGACAUGGCGGGGGCCAUGACAACGACGGAGGACGGAGCGGAGUUCGAUGCUCUCAUGGUCAUAGAAACCAACAACCGUGUCCUGAAUGAAACCAUUCCGGAGCUAGAGAACCUGCUGAUGUUAGCAACUGUCGGCCAGAAACUGCUAGAGACGGUGGACACGAUGUACACCCACUUCUGUUCCGACAUCCUUCGAGACAACGAGCGCCUUCUAGCACAGCUUGGUGAACAGGAACCAGAUACAGAAAAAGACACGGCGUCCAACAUCGUCACAAAGUACAGGCAGAAACUUGAGGACAUUCAGACCACACUACUCAGGAACAGGGACGAUAUCGUACAGCUACAGAAAGAAAAGAGUGGGUUGGAGAAGAAGGCCAGCGAACUGCGGGAAACAAAAAAGGCUAUGAGAAAGCUGGAGAUAAAAGCAGAGAAAAUGACCUCAAAACUUGUGCGGAAGACCGGCACGGAGCUGGUGCGAGAAAACCCGGAUGUAACAGAUGUCGUAGGCUUUAAGAAAGGGAAGACAAUAUGGGACCGCUAUAAAGACGCGUACGAAUUUGAGUGGUAUGACGCGUAUGAUUUGGAGAAGAACUACCUGGGAAAGCCGCCAAGGGAGGGAAUAGACACACUUUUACAAAUGCUCAAGGAUUGCUUCGAAUAUUGCAAGAAGGAGGCUGACGACCAAUGGGAACAGAUCAAGAUAGCGCUAUUGUGGGAGGCGAAGAUCAGCGAUGGACAAGAGGAAAGAGAUUUUACAGAGCAGGAUACUAAAUAUCUCCUGAAUUUGCGCAAGAAUUAUAUUGGAUCCACGGAUAUCAUCGAAGAUCAUUUCCGGGAGAAAGGGAUGUCUUCUGAAUACCAGAAGGAGGCCAGAGACGACAAGUUCAAUCCUUACAUUCGAAAACUCGUGGAACUGUGCUGGUUCCUGGUGCUUCAGGAUCCGCCUAUGCACCUUCACUGGGACAUCAAAUACGCCGACUUCGUGGACAGGGACAUGUACGAUAACUUCACACUGAAUGGGCGACGGUAUGACUUCAUCGUCUGGCCUGCCAUGCUUCUAUACAAGGACGGACCACUCCUUUCUAAAGGCAUCAUACAGCCUAUCUUUCUGGACUAGGUGUCGCUGUCAUACAAUACUUCACCCUAGGCUCGAGACGGCUAUCAUACAAACACUACAGACACGACUAUUUAACCAAGACUCGAGACGGCUAUCAUACAAACACUACAGACACGUCUAGUUAACCAAGACUCGAAACGGCUUUCAUACAAACACUACAGACACGUCUAUUUGUGUCUUUAUAUCAUACAGUAUGUCUUCCCGGAAUGGGGUGACAUCCCUACAGCCUUUCUCACGCGACUCAUGCUAGUUAGCACGUCACUAAUUUAUUGUCACUGUUACUGGACGUAAUGGUCUUAAAACAUCGUAAUACUAGUAGUCUAGUGUACGAUAUUAUCGGUAUAAAUACCAUGUUACACUUUUUACACCGUUUCUUAAUUUCUAAGUUGUUGAGGAAUAAGAGCUUACAUCAAUACCUACCUUUCUCUUUACAGCCUUGAGCAUGGCAUCCACCAUCACCCUCCCUGAUGAACUUCUUUUUAUUAAAACCCACUUGUCCUGUGAACUAAAGUUUCAUUUAUAUAUUUCUUUCCGCAAACAUACAUACAUAUCUUCAUAUAUUAUGGAUUGCUAUCAUCUUAGCAUACAUGUCUUAAAAAUCACUACAAUUAUACAAAUAAGUGAGCAACUAUUUAAAAAUGACCAAGGAAACAAUAAGCAAGCCAAACUAAGUAAACAUUUACUACACAGUGUGUCCACUGUGUCCGUUUAGGACACAUCGGUUGUCCUAAAGAUCAACAGAAUAAUAUCUCAUAUAACAUAACGUAUCCUUCUGUAAUACGAUUGGUCUGGAUACACUAAUGUAUCAUGGGAUAAAAAUCCUUGUAUAGAAAAGAAAGUCUGAUCUCAAUUGAACAUGAUUGUUUAUCAUUAAGUUAAAACAUACUACAUAAAUGACUGGAUAUUAUAAUGAAAUAUAAAACCAAACCAUCAGUAUCAGUUUUGUUUUGUUUUGAAGAUAAUUUAAAUUAAUGGGUAUUCCCUUUCUCUGCUGGCAGAGUAGAAUGUGUCCGAUUACUUGAAUCCUCAGAACAAAACACAUAAUACACUGGUGUAUUCUGGUCCUUAAAUUGUACCUAUGAUUUAUAUAUACAUAUUUAUAUACUCGUAAUAUGUGUGCCUAUUUCACAAAUACUUAGUACAUAGUUUCAUUUCUAUUUUGUCAUGUUGAUAGUAACCGUUUGAAAGGUUGAUGAAAAUUCGAUUCAGGUUGAAGUUAAUUGAUAUAGCUUUGAAAUGACUUCUUGUAAUUAAUUUUAAUUGAUUUAAAUCAUUCUAAUUAUUUCUCAAUUUUUGAAAUUCGGAACGAAAUAUCCAGCUGAUGUUUUUACUAUUUUUAUUACAUUUUACAGUGUUCAUUCUUUGGGGGGGAAAAACAAAAUCGAAAAAGUCGUAUAUAUAUGGUACAAAUACGACUACCACGUCAGCAUUUACAAGAAUGACUUACCAGUCUGUUUUGGAAUGCAUCUUUUGUUAUACAGACAAGGAUGUGGUAUGCUUACCAGACAUUCCCAAAGUCCAUACCAAGCAUAUCUUUCUAAUGUUUAGUGAUCAUAUAUUAUGUAAACAGAUUUUAAAUAAAUAUAAACUAGUAGACCUGAAGUUGAAACUACUGUUGCCUAAACCCCAUGCACUGAUGUUGUGCAAAAACACAUGUUUCAACUGUAAUGAUAACAUUCGAGGUCAAUCGAAUGUUAUACGAUAUUUCUUGCAGUUGUCAAUAACAAAUAUUUUCUUAUUUGAUUUCAAUGCGAUAACUUUGAUCGAUUUAAGGAGUUCAAUUACAAUAUAACAAAA